ACACACAAGAAACCACAGGGCCUAUCAGCCUGUCGUCAUCGAGCAAACUAGAAUAGAGCAGAAAACUCUAGGCAGAGAGGAAAUGAACUUGAGAGAAGGGGAACACACAGCAGAGAAGAGAGAGGAAAGAGGGCGGGAGUGGAAGGACAGAGCUGAAGCCGGGGCAGCGAGAUGGUGAGAGGAUGGGCGAGGAGGCGGUGAAGCUCGGCUGCCUGUACCUCCAGCAGCAGCAGACGUUUGGAAAGGUGGGAGCCGCGAGGCUGGGGCUGCUAGAAACCUCUAGGGGUGGAGAGGGAGUUGGGUGUCCCAGAACCUUUAUAGGUUCCACCGAGUUAGACAGACACCUCAGCAGGGCUCUUUCCUUACCCGAUGUUGCCUCCAAACCAGGUCCAAACUAGGCCCCAAACUGUGCUGUUUACGGAUGGCUGUUUGCCCUAGGGGGUGGGGGGAGGGUAGUGACUUAACCUCUUGCCUCUGUCUGGCUCUCUUGCUCUGUUGACUUCUUCUCAUGGGGGCAACUUAAAGAGAAUGGAAGGAACAGCUGGAGGUACAAUUUGGGAUGACAGUGGAGGUUCCCUCUCCCUUCCCCACCUCUGUGAGAUGCAUUUGGCUGGUGUGAAGCUUGGGCAGGGGCCUCUGGGAGCCGGGACCCCAGCCUGUCCUCCUUCCUCCUUCCCUGGCCUCCUUGGAGGAGGAAGUCCUCGUCCCUCAGCUGACACGCACAGGGAGGAACCUCUUUCUCUCUGUCUUGUGGCCCAGUCUGUCACGCAGUGAGGCAGAACGGUUCAGGAGGGUGGAGAGAAGGCCCUGGAGAUGAGGCCCCUUCAGGACUUCACACAGAUCGAGAAUGAGAAAUGGCGCCGGUUCGGGGCCGUGCUGUACGGAGGGUCGGGCUGUGCCCUGGCCCGGCUGGAGCUCCAGGACAGCCCGGAGAAGCCACCACGCCGGGGAGGAGAGGCUGCCCGGAGGGUUAUCCGCCUCAGUGACUGCCUGCGGGUGGCCAAGGCAGAUGGAGAGGCCAGCAGUCCCCGGGACACCAGCGCCUUCUUCCUGGAGACCAAGGAGCGCCUGUACCUGCUGGCGGCCCCGGCUGCAGAGCGUGGCGACUGGAUGCAGGCCAUCUGCCUGCUGGCCUUCCCCGGGCAGAGGAAGGAGCUGUUGGGGCCAGAGGGGAGGAGCAGCCAGCCCUGCAUGGAGGAGAAUGAACUGUACAGCAGUGCCGUCUCAGUGGUCCCCUGCAAGGCAUUUGCCGUGAUCAUGAGACCUACAGAAGCCAGUGAGAGAUGCCGCCUCCGGGGAUCCUAUACCCUGCGUGCUGGGGAGAGUGCCCUGGAGCUGUGGGGCGGCCCUGAGCCAGGCUCCCGGCUGUACGAGUGGCCCUACAGGUUUCUGCGGCGCUUCGGGAGGGACAAGGUAACGUUUUCCUUUGAGGCAGGCCGGCGCUGCGUCUCUGGAGAAGGCAACUUUGAGUUUGAAACCCGGCAAGGCAAUGAGAUCUUCUUGGCCCUGGAAGAGGCCAUCUCUGCCCAGAAGAAUGCCGCCCCUUCUGGGCCCCACCCCCAGCCAGCCACAAUCCCCACCGCGCUGCCCCGGCCCCAUGACUCGCUGCCACCUCCUUCGCCCAACACACUGGUGCCUGCCCCACAGCCUCCAGGCCCAGAGGGAGAGUACGCGGUGCCCUUCGAUGCAGUGGCCCGGUCCUUGGGGAAGAGCCUCAGGGGCAUUGUGGUAGGCCCUCCCCAGAUCCCGGCCGACCCUCUGUACGACAGCAUUGAAGAGGACCCACGCCCUCAACCUGACCACAUCUAUGAUGAGCCUGAGGGAGUGGCUGCUCUGUCCCUGUAUGACAGCCCGCAGGCACCCAGGCCUAAUGCGAAGAGGAGGCAGGCCACAGCUGAAGGGGACCCUAGUGGCCUCCAGCAUGUCCACCCAGCCAGGAAGGAUUUCUCUCUCUCUGGCUGGCAGCCGGGAACCGAGUAUGACAAUGUUGUACUUAAGAAAGGCCCAAAGUGACAGAGAUGCAGGCCACACUGAAGUGUACACCGGGGAGGAGGAGACAGCCACCUCCCCUUCUGUCUUCUUCUGGUGACUUCUCUUGGCCACUGCAUCAGAAAAACCUCCUCUGCUCCUUCUUGGGCCUGCUGUAGUGUGGUGUGGUCUGAUGGGCCGUCCCUCCCAGGGCCGGCUGGGUGAGUCACCACCUGAAGCAGGAAGAAUGCUCUGGAGAGACCCACCCUCCUCCUACUCCUUUCCCACUUCUCUUUCUUUCCCCGGGCUUAGAGGGAAGCUGGGGCAUUUAGGGCAGAGGACACAAGGAUGUCAGCAAAUCGCCCUGGUUCCUUGGCUUGUGCAGGCCUCCUGCCUGCUCUUGGCCCCUUCAGGGGGCCACCCUGGCUCCAGGCACCCAGGACAUGGCUGCAGCUUUCUGCAGGUUUUGGAUUUCUCUGUGACAUUAAAGCAUUUUUGAAACAUU